AUGGCUCUGGCUCAGGGCUCAGGCUCAGGCUCAGUGUCAGGGCUCAGGCUCAGGGUCAGGCUCAGGGCUCAGGCUCAGGGCUCAGGCUCAGUGUCAGGGCUCAGGGUCAUUGUUAGGGCUCAGGCUCAGGGUCAGCGCUCUGUCUCAGGGACAGGCUCAGGGUUAGGCUCAGGAAUCAGGCUCAGGGCUCAGGCUCAGGGCUCAGGCUUAGGGUCAGGGCUCAGGCUCAGUGUCAGGGCUCAAGCUCAGGGUCAGGGUCAGAGCUCAGGUUUAGGGUCAGGGCUCAGGCUCAAUGUCAGGGCUCAGGCUCAGGGUCAGGGUCGGGGCUCAGGCUUAGGUUCAGGGCUCAGGCUCAGUGUCAGGGCUCAGGGUCAGGCUCAGGGCUCAGGCUCAGUGUCAGGGCUCAGGCUCAGGGCUCAGGCUCAGGGUCAGGCUCAGGGUCAGGCUCGAGGCUCAGGGUCAGGCUCAGGCUAA